UUGCAGUGUUGGUUUCGCUCUCCUCUUUUGUUUGGCAGCCGCGGCUCCCGGUUCCCUGUGUUCCGUGUGCCCGUAUCCGCCCGCUUCAGCGCCGUCCCUGGGCUCCUGUGCGCUGCGCGUAGCCCUGGCCCCGGCGGCCGGGGCAUGGGCCAGGGGAGCGGGGUAGGGCGGCUUUCCGCGGGGCCUUGACCUGCACCGGCUUCAGCAUGAAGACCCUCAUAGCCGCCUACUCCGGGGUCCUGCGAGGAGUGGCCUGCAGCGUCAUCCUCAUGUACACGUUCUGCACUGACUGGUGGCUCAUCACCGUGCUCUACUUCACCUGGCUGGUGUUUGACUGGAACACGCCCAACAAAGGUGGCAGGAGGUCACAGUGGGUCCGAAACUGGGCUGUGUGGCGCUACUUUCGAGACUACUUUCCCAUCCAGCUGGUAAAGACACACAACCUGAUCACCACCAGGAACUAUAUCUUUGGAUACCACCCCCAUGGCAUCAUGGGCCUGGGCGCCUUCUGCAACUUUAGCACAGAGGCCACAGAAGUGAGCAAGAAGUUCCCUGGCAUAAAGCCCUACCUGGCUACAUUGGCUGGCAACUUCCGCAUGCCAGUGCUGAGAGAGUACCUGAUGUCCGGAGGCAUCUGCCCUGUCAACCGAGACACCAUAGACUACCUGCUUUCAAAGAAUGGGAGCGGCAAUGCCAUCAUCAUCGUAGUGGGGGGCGCAGCCGAGUCUCUGAGCUCCAUGCCAGGCAAGAAUGCCGUCACUCUGCGCAACCGCAAGGGCUUUGUGAAACUGGCCCUGCGCCAUGGAGCUGACCUGGUUCCCACCUACUCCUUUGGGGAGAAUGAAGUGUAUAAGCAGGUGAUCUUUGAGGAGGGCUCCUGGGGCCGAUGGGUCCAGAAGAAGUUCCAGAAGUACAUUGGCUUUGCCCCGUGCAUCUUCCAUGGUCGAGGCCUCUUCUCCUCUGACACCUGGGGGCUGGUGCCCUACUCCAAGCCCAUCACCACUGUUGUGGGUGAGCCCAUCACCAUUCCCAAGCUGGAGCAACCGACCCAGAAGGACAUUGACCUGUACCAUGCCAUGUACAUGGAGGCCCUGGUGAAGCUCUUCAACAACCACAAGACCAAGUUCGGCCUCCCAGAAGCUGAGGUCCUGGAGGUGAACUGAGCCAGCCCUCAGGAACCCGGGAGGAACCAGCUGCAAAUCGUUUUCUGCCGAGUUCUCGAGUGCUUUUUGUUCUGUAAAUUUGGAAGCAUCAUGGGUGUCUGUGGGUUAUUUAAAAGAAAUUAUAAUAAUUUUGUUGAACCAUUACAAUGUUAGGUUUUUUUUAAGGAGAAAAAAGUGACUAUUUCAAGCUCUUUCACUUCUGGUUUGUCCUGUUCUAGGUGGUGGCUAAUACACCUGGGCCUUUCUAGUUUCUCCACCAACUCCCCUUCUCUUUACCAAAAUUACUGAGAAAAUUUACUCCUGGCUAGUCAGGGGAAAAGGGACAACCAUUAGUGACUCAGGCCAGUUAGAUUGUUCACUCUUUGCCCUGAGGGAUGAGAGGCAGAAGCCACUUCUAAUAUAAACACUUCUAUUCCCAGCCGCCCCACACUCGACUACAGGGAAGUCCCUCUUGUCAAGCGGAAGACUUAGGGGGCACAGUUGUCCCUGUUUUGCAGAGGGCAGUGGUGUGCCUCUGGCAUGCUCCAGCUUGAUUCUCCUUUCUCGCCAACCCCCCUACCAGGGAACUUCUCCAGCUCCUCCCCACAGUCCACUUCAGUCUCUCAAAUCUAAGCCUGAACUGGUUUUCUCCAGGGCAAGGAUGGGGGUGGCAACGGUACCACACUGGCGAACAAGACUGACCUGGAUACACCAUCUCUUAGAAGGCUACCACGUUCUGGUUGGAGUGAUUGGUUUUCCUCAGGAGUCUGACGACCCAGCAUAAACACAGCACUUGGCCUGAAUCAUACUUUUCCCAGUGGCCUCAGUUAUGCUUCACCUACACCCCCAAGUCUGUGUGUGAGGAAGAGGAUCCCUCUUCCUGUUCACAGAGGGGACCUGCCCCUCUGAGCAGCAGACUGGUUCCAGGACAGGAGGCCCCUGAAGACAAGCCCCGCAUCUCUGUGCCUUUCUGUGGGAAGAAACCCAGCCCCUCCUCUGUGUUGUUUUCUCUUAAUGAGAUCAUUGUACCAUGUGAGACUUUUGUAUAUUUCUAGACAAAUAAAUGGAAAUGAGAGUUCUGUAUAGGUUAUUCCUGGGGCUGCAUCUGCGUCCUGACGCUGAGAGUUGGAGAAGAUCCCAGCCCCAGCUGGACUGCUUGCUGAGCCUUCCACCUUCUUGCUUCUUAGCCCUCAUGGCCCUGUUGUGGUAUGUUAGUUAUGUAUUGCUAUGUAACAGAUUAUCCCAAAACCUAGUGGCUUAAAAGCACAUCUGUUUCUCACAGUUUCUAUGGGUCAGGAGUCUAGGUAUGGUUUAGCUGAGUCUUCUACUUAAGGGCCUCUCACAAGGUUGCAGUCAUCUCAAAGCUUGACUAGGGGAGGAUCCACUUCCAAGCUCAUUCAUAUGGUUGUUGGCAGGAUUCAGUUCUUCAAUGGCUGUUGCCCAGAGGCCAUCCUCAGUUCUUUGCCACAUGCGCCUCUCUAUAGGAUAGCUUACACAUGGCAGCUGGCUUCAUCAGAGACAGUAAGCAAGAAGAGCCAGAGAGAGUAGAAGCAAGAUGGAAGUCACAGUCUUUAAUAAGUUAAUCUUGGAGGCAAUAACUUAUGACUUUUGUCAUAUUCUGUUCAUUAUAUACAAGUCACUGUCCAGGCCACUAUUGAGAGGAUUACUCAAGGGAAUGAAUGCCAGGAAAGGGGGGAGUGGAGCUGUCAU